UCUCUGUCCCUCGACUCCUUGGAGACCAGCCUUUAACUUCAGGACUGCAAGCUGAAAUCAGAAAAAUGAAGACAGCCCUAGUCUUGCUCUGCCUUUUGGGAAUAGCUUGUGCCUUCUCAGCAAAAAACUUCCAAAGAAGAUUUAAGGCAGAGGACUCAGAAGAAAAUGCAGUAUUCAAGAACAGAUAUAGAUAUUUUCUUCAUAGAUAUCCCUAUCACUACCCAUCUAUGAAAAGAUUUCAGUUCAACAGUGACUCAUCCGAAGAAGGUUAUGGUGGUGAUAGUUCGGAAGAGGAGGAGGAAGAGGAGGAAGAAGAAGGGGGGCAGUCAAACGAAGAAAACACUGGAGAAAACGAAGGUGGAAAAGAGAAUGAGGAGGCAACUGAGGCUCCCAGUGAACCAGGAACUGGAGAUAAGAAGGGUGUCAGUAAUGGCAAACCUCCAAAGCAGGUGCCGGUAAGAAAAGAGCCUCUUCAGAAACCAGGGAAAGAAGGAGGCCCUCAAAAAGUUGAAAAGGACAAAGCUCCGGAAAAAGGCGGGAAAGGGGAAGAAGAAGAAGACAGUGAUGAAAACGAGGAAGAAGAAAACGAAGAAGAAGAAAAGGAGGAGCAGGAGACGGUGGAUGAGAAUGGAAGUGGUGUCAAUGGGACAAGCACCAACAGCACUGCUGAGGAGAACGGAAAUGGAGGCAAUGGAGAAGAGGAGGAGGAAGAAGAAGGGGAAGAAAACGGAGCAACCACUGCUGCUCCAACCACCCUGCUUACCACUGUCAGCCCCACCACAGAGUAUCAGGACCAAUAUGAAACCACCACAGAAGACCAGUGGCAAGGUGAGACCACCCCUGUAGAUCAUCAAUAUGACACCACCAGUGAAGACCCAUGGGCUCAUGAUACCACCACUACCAAUGGGUACGACCAUGGCUAUGAGGCUCAAACAGAUUACUACGGGAGUGAAAAUGGAUACCCUCGAGGGGAUACCUUCAGAACCUAUGAGGAUGAAUAUGGCUAUUAUAAAGGGCAUGGGUAUGAUGUUUAUGGCCAAGAUUACUACUACAAUCAGUGA